CGAGCCUCUGCUUCAAAAUAUCCGCGUAGACGGGUUGAUUCAUAUUGCUCUGGUGUUUCGAUUUUCACAGGAUUUAACCCAUUUUAGUUCGAAUAAAGGAAAUGUCAUUUUAUAUUAUCCUGGAAACGUUCCGAGCGCCUGUGGGCGAGAGUGCCACAGUGGUGGAAGACGAUUUUGUCCAGGCAGCAGCGGGAGUUCGUGUCCGUGUUAACAACAGCGACGACAUUGAACAUGAUCCUGAAACUCGGCGAAGAAUUGUAAGAUUUGCGCGUAUGAGAGUUGGUGAAAUAGUCAGAUACAGUACUUCCGGAAAUCCCGUGUACACGCUAGUAAGACAUUGUCGUUAUGGACGACAUCAGGCAUGGAUCAAUGAGGAGAAAACAAAAUGGCGAUGGGUUAUGAAAGUUUCCUCGUGGCAAACACCCGAAGAACUUCAAGAACAUGCCAAACCCGGGGACAUCAUUCAAAUGCAAUACGCCCUUUGUACACAUGCCGGAAUCUUCAUCGGGAAAAUAAAAGGUGUUCAUAUGAUAGUUCACUCGACCGGGAGUCCUGGACAACUUCUGAAAGACGGCGAUGUUUCCAGGGUGAAAGAAGAACCAUUCGCCGAGGUCAUGAAGGGCGUUGAAGUACGCGUUAACAACAGUGAUGACAUCGAACACACCCCACUGAGUACAGCGAAGAUAGUGAAGAGAGCUCGUAACAGAGUCGGUGAAUUGUAUAAGUUCGAUCUACUCUACCACAACUGUGAAAACUUCGCUACACAGUGUCGAUAUGGGAGUGAAACCGGCUGGACCAUACAGGGCGAAAGAAUAACGGACGUUCUCGAGAAGCCGAUAGAACUAGUGGACAGCAUUCGAGACACCGUGGAAGAUAUCGUUGAUUAAAGGGUGGUAGUCGUCGCGCCACGCAUGCGCGAGAUAUAUGGGUCUCAUAUAAUUAAAGAUUGCGACUUUGGCGGUUGCGCAGAUCAACGAGUACAAACUGAGACGUUAUCGAGCUUAUAGUAUAGCCAAG